AGCACACCUGCUCCUGUAACUCUGCUGGAGACCGGGAUUCCCACCAGGACCACCCAUGGUGACCUGCUGUUUUUUGGCUACUUUUCCAGGGUUCGGCCCUUUUGGGGAGCACACGGUGAACGCCAGCUGGAUUGCAGUCCAGGAGCUGGAGAAGCUGGGCCUGGGCGACAGUGUGGACCUGCAUGUGUACGAGAUCCCCGUCGAGUACAAGACAGUCCAGAGACUCAUCCCGGCCCUGUGGGAGAAGCACAGUCCACAGAGCCCCGGGGCGAUUAGGGGUCUGCCUGUGGGGGUGUCCGGCCCUUGCACGUGUUCACUCUGGUCUCUCUGCUGCCCGCCCCCUGUGGUCAGGUACCUCUGUGACUUCACCUACUACACGUCUCUGUACCAGAGCCACGGCCGGUCCGCCUUCGUCCACGUGCCCCCGCUGGGCAAGCCGUACAACGCGGACCAGCUGGGCCGAGCGCUGCGGGCCAUCAUCGAGGAGAUGCUGGACGUCCUGGAGCAGUCGGAAGGCAACAUCAAGUGCCGCCACAAACACUGAGGGCCUCUGGGGCUUCCCAAGACCUUGCGGGACCCUCCACCCCUGCCUGGGAGCCCAGCAGCCCAGGGCCUGACUCAGAAGCCGA